UAAACUCCUCUCUUUCCCCUGUCUCCCCAUCCAUCUCACCAAAUCUGGGGAGGUAAGAAGACAGCUAACUAGUGGCAAUGAUACAGGAAAUACUUCUACUCCUGCUGCUGGCAGUCAGGGCCUCACCAGUGUUGAAGGCUGAGGUGUCAGUACUGGAGGGAAGCUCUGUGACCCUUCUCUGUGGAUACUCUGUGAAGGAUCACAGGUUGUGAGAGGAACCUAAUGAAAGGAGUUAAUUUUGGGAUAAAUAAUAUGGAUCAAUCGCCGCCAUUCGUAACUAAUGCAAGUCAGUGCAGGCAGAAAUGCACCGAACAUUACAAUUGCCAGUACUUCACAUUUGUUGGGAAAGAAGCAGGAAUAAAUAACCUAAAUAACAGACACUUAUGUUUUCUGAUGGCCUCAACUGAUGAUAUGCCUGUCACAAUACAAUACCUUGAACAUGCAACCUCAGGCUACUCCCUGAAAAACUGCAGUGGUAUCAUCACCUACUCAGCCAAAAAGUACAGCCUGGUCCUUGAGGAGAAAAACUGGACCGAAGCACAAGAGUACUGCAGACAACACUACACAAACCUGUCCAUCAUACACACAGAAGAGGAUUGGAAGGCAAUUCAAACAUCUUUGGGUGAUUUCAGUGGUGAUGUGUGGAUUGGGCUCCAUAGGUCUGGUCCAACUGAAAAGUGGAAGUGGUCUGAUGGAGAGGACUUCAUGUUCUUUAACUGGGAAAAGGGUUUUGGUGUCCACACUGAGGGUCAUGACUGUGUCUUGUCUAUUUCAUCUCACUGGCAACCAGUCUCUUGUGCAACUCAAAGACAGUAUAUGUGUCAACAAGAAGUUCAUCGUGGUAAUGGAACAACAGAGAAGGUGUAUGAGCUGAUGCCUGGGACAAAGACGCAGAAGGAUGCUCUGAAAGACUGCAAGAGCAAAAGCAGAGAUCUGGCAAGUAUCCUGAACCAGAAAGAACAGGAAGCCUUUGAUGAGGUGACUGAAGGGGACACCUGGAUUGGACUUGAGCACCACAGCAACACACUAUGGGAAUGGUCAAAUGGAGAACCAUUUCAGCAAUGGGAAAACACCCGCGUAGAUGGAAACUGUGUACAGCUGAACAGAAAAUGGAGACCAAAAGAUUGCUCUAGUCAAAGUGCUUUCCUUUGCUAUGGAGAUGAACAUCCACUUAACAACACCGGGGAUUUAAACACUCCUGUUACACCUGAAACCACCAGCCCUACUCAACUGGACCUCCGUCUACAGAAAUGUUUACCACAACACCUACCACCUCACCAACUACCACUACUAAUGGACAGUCCACCACCUCACCAACUACCACUACUAAUGGACAGUCCACCACCUCACCAACUACCACUAGUAAUGGACAGUCCACCACCUCACCAACUACCACUACUAAUGGACAGUCCACCACCUCACCAACUACCACUACUAAUGGACAGUCCACCACCUCACCAACUACCACUAGUAAUGGACAGUCCACCACCUCACCAACUACCACUAGUAAUGGACAGUCCACCACCUCACCAACUACCACUACUAAUGGACAGUCCACCACCUCACCAACUACCACUACUAAUGGACAGUCCACCACCUCACCAACUACCACUACUAAUGGACAGUCCACCACCUCACCAACUACCACUACUAAUGGACAACUGACCUCAUCAGGUUUCACCUCCCCAAACAGUCAGCCAACAUCAUCCCCCAGUAGUACAACUUCUCCACUCCAUCCUAAUUACCUGCACUUCUUCAACGAGUCCAAGAGCUGGAUCAAUUCCCUGAAGUUCUGUAAAAGUCGUGGCUCCAAGUCUAAUCUGGUGCAAAUCACCAACCAGACUGUGCAUGCUGACGUGACCCAGCUCAUUGCCAAUGUGGAGCUGGCAUGUGGGGGGGUGUGGAUUGGUCUGGAGCGGUCCAUCUUUGAGUGGAGCGCCCCCUGGCUGUGGACCAGUGGUGAUGUUGAUAAGGUGGUGAAGUACAGCGAGUGGCACAGCUGCUUCCCCCUCAACCCCAUCAAUUACCAUUGUGGUAAGAUGGUCCGGGUUGGUAACGGAGAACUGAAGUGGCUGGAUGCUUCCUGUCAUCAGGAAUUACCCUUCAUAUGUCAAGAUCUCCACUAGAGGGCUCUACAUGGCAGCCUGGACAGUCUGCAGCCACCCAGGGUCUGGAAAGGGCCUGCAUUUCAAUUCAUUAUAUUAUUAAACCACUAUUACUAUUAUUAGAAUUAUUAUUACUAUUUUUAGUUAUCAUUUUUGCUAUUACAUGAUAUUACUUAAUGAUACUGUAUGUUUACUCAUAACCAUGGCUGUGACUUAACUGUACUAAUUUGAUUGUUUAAAAGUAGAGUAGAUUAAAGUAAAGAGAAUAUUAUUAAAAUUUAGUAUUUAGCUUUUGUGUGAUCACUGUAGCCUAUUGUUGGAGACAGCUACAUAGUUAUGACAAUAUUGGUGUUUCUUUAUGUAUGCAUUUCAUGCUAUAACUGUGACUUUUGUGAAAUUGACACUGCUGCACUGAUGGCCAUAUUGAUGCAACAAGGUGCCAUAAACUCAAAUCAACUGAACCAUUGAGCUUUGCAAAAACAUGCAUUGGAGACAUAAUCCCAUUUUCAUAAACAUUGUUUAAAUGAUAAGGUUUACAUAGGCUAUGGGUAACACUUAUUUUCAGUAGCCUAUCCUAAUAGAUUAAUGAGAUGAAUCACUCCCCUAUCGCAUCCCCCCUUCCACUCAGCACCCCCCAUGUCUGAGACAUCGUGCUCAGAAUAUAUUACCAGCUCUAUCUCUCUACUUACACUUCCCAUUUCACAGAAAUGUCGAGAGAGAGAAAGAUACUUUUGUUUAUUGUCUACUUCACUUGCUUUGUCAAUUUUAAUUUUAAAAUAAAGCCCUUGAAUUGAACUGAGUGAGAGAGAGAGACAGCAGCUCCCCUCUGUGCGCUCAGUCGGAGACAGUUACCGCGGAUUGUGCAGACAGAGAAAUCAGUCCAGUACUGAGAGCUCGUUUUAUUUACGGUAAAAAUGUCGGCCAGACCAGGCUACUAUCGGCAGGAGCUGAACAAGACUGUAUGGGAGGUUCCCGAGCGGUACCAGAACCUGACUCCCGUGGGCUCGGGGGCCUACGGUUCGGUAUGCUCAGCAUAUGACGUGCGGCUACGACAGAAGGUGGCGGUGAAGAAGCUGUCUCGGCCUUUCCAGUCCCUUAUCCACAGUAGGCGCUCGUACCGCGAGCUCCGGCUACUCAAGCACAUGAAACAUGAGAACGUAAUAGGAUUACUGGAUGUAUUCUCCCCUGCUGCAGCGCUAGAGGACUUCCAUGAAGUCUACCUGGUAACCAACUUGAUGGGGGCAGACCUGAACAACAUAGUCAAAUUCCAGCGUCUCUCUGAUGAGCAUGUGCAGUUUCUUAUUUACCAGCUGCUCAGAGGCCUCAAGUACAUCCAUUCAGCAGGACUGAUCCACAGAGACCUAAAACCAAGUAACGUGGCAGUGAACGAGGACUGCGAGCUGAGGAUCCUUGACUUUGGAUUGGCCAGACAGACAGAUGAUGAGAUGACGGGGUACGUGGCGACUCGCUGGUAUCGAGCGCCAGAAAUCAUGCUUAAUUGGAUGCACUACAAUCAGACAGUGGAUAUCUGGUCAGUGGGAUGCAUCAUGGGAGAGCUGCUGAAGGGGAAGGUCCUGUUUCCAGGCAACGACUAUAUUGACCAGCUGAAGAGGAUUAUGGAGGUGGUGGGCACCCCGACCCCUGACCUUCUACAGAAGAUCUCCUCUGAACAUGCUCAGAAAUAUAUCCAGUCUCUACCCUUCAUGCCCCAGCAGGACUUAGAGAAGAUAUUCAGAGGAGCCAACCCAAUGGCUGUGAAUCUACUGAAGCGCAUGCUAGUUCUGGACUGUGAUGGGCGUAUCUCUGCCAGUGAGGCUCUCUCCCAUCCUUAUUUCUCCCAGUACCACGACCCGGACGACGAACCAGAGGCCCUACCCUACGACCAGACGCUGGAGAGCAAGGACCGCACACUAGAGGAGUGGAAAGAGCUGGUGUUCGGGGAGAUGAAAGGAAUCAAAGCGCCUGUCAGCGAGACAAGUAGUCUACAGGUGGAACAGUGAAAGACAAACCCUGCCUCCUUCUGCUCGGUCUGUCCCGUCAGCUGAGGAAGGACCGACGUCUUGUCUCCGUCUGUCUGUCGGCCGGCGUUGGGGAGGCGGGAGGAUCUGAGAAAAAGAGAGAAACAACGCUGUGUCCCCUAGAGGCAUGACACCCCUCCCCUUGCUCACUGUGACUGGCUAUUUGACUGCCUGUCUUGAGUUUUGUAAAAGAGGAGCAGGGAGAGGGGAGGUCUGGUUGAACUGAAAGUGAUGAGAAUACGCACAUUACGAUGAUUACAGGGAGCAUGCUUUGAUAGGUAUAUGUUUACAGUCUGUUGAAGAGAGGUAGGAGAGAGAGACAGACAGAGACAGAGAGAGAAAGUAGCACUAGAGUUUUCAAACGUACCUAAGGGUCCAACUGGUAAAUGGUCAUUGGCUAUAGGUUACUGGAAAUCUAUCGUCAUGAAGACAUUUUAUAAGCAGUCAUAACGGAUGUCAGUUUAAGUAUGCUUAUAACACCUGUUAUGUCAUGGUAAUGACAGUUUUAUGACAUAGGGUUCUAGUGAAUUGUUGUCAAGAAUUUUCCACACAUUUUAUCAUAUUUCUAUUUUAGUUGUAGCAAAUAUCUGUUAUUUAACAGAAACGUACAUAAGAUGGUUCCUCCCUCGAUAUAUAGACCAAUGAAUACCCUUUGUGCUGUUACUGCACAACAUCCCCCAACACUCACCAAUAUGCCACUGAAUGACCAAUGACAGAGAUAUACUGUACAUGGACAGGAUUAGUGUCUGUAGGGUUUGAGACUUUGCAUCAUGUACAACUAUUGGCCAGAUUCCCUCAGCAUUUACAACUGUUUUUACAGAACAACACCGGUGGUAGUUUGUUUACGGAGACAAAACUGCAUUGCUGCAAAUGCUAUGUAGAUAUGUCCCAAUGUACAGGUAACUGCCAACAUAAAGAAUACACCAACAUAAAGUGUUUUAAUAGGGCCUUGGGCCAACACAAGCCAGAGCAGAUUCAGUGCACCUUGGCAAAGUUUCUGGAACUCUAUCGGUGGGAUGCGACACCGUUCUUCCACGGGAAAUUCGAUUGUUUUGUGUUUUGUUGAUGGUGGAAAACGCUGUCUCAGGCGCCGCUCCAGAAUCUCCCAUAACUGUUCAAUUGGGUUGAGAUCUGGUGACUGAGACAGCUACGGCAUAUGGUUUACAUCGUUUUCAUGCACAUCAAACCAUUCAGUGACCAUUCGUGCCCUGUCGAUGGGGGCAUUGUCAUCCUGUGGGGGCAUAGCCAUGGUGGCCAAAAUAAUGGCCUGCCCAGAAUUUUUAUACAUGACCCUAAACUUGAUGGGAUGUUAAUUGAUUAAUUAACUCAGAAACCAUACCUAUGUGGAAGCACUUGUUUUCAAUAUGCUUUGUAUCUCUUAUUAACUCAAGUGUUUCCAUUAUUUUUGCAGUUACCUGUAUGUAAGCAUGUAUGCAUUUGUUGCUGGUAUCACCCAUUUCAAAUUCCCUUGGCUCCAGUCCAACAGGUUUUACUAGUCCCUGGCUCUGUUGAGAAACCCAAACCUAUAGCUGAAGUUUACAUCUGAACAUUCAGCAGAUACCAUUACCCACAGUGACUCCCACAAAUACCAUUACCCACAGUGACUCCCACAGAUACCAUUACCCACAGUGACUCCCACAGAUACCAUUACCCACAGUGACUCCCACAGAUACCAUUACCCACAGUGACUCCCACAGAUACCAUUACCCACAGUGACUCCCACAGAUACCAUUACCCACAGUGACUCCCACAGAUACCAUUACCCACAGUGACUCCCACAGAUACCAUUACCCACAGUGACUCCCACAGAGACUCCCACAGAUACCAUUACCCACAGUGACUCCCACAAAUACCAUUACCCACAGUGACUCCCACAGAUACCAUUACCCACAGUGACUCCCACAGAUACCAUUACCCACAGUGACUCCCACAGAUACCAUUACCCACAGUGACUCCCACAGAUACCAUUACCCACAGUGACUCCCACAGAUACCAUUACCCACAGUGACUCCCACAGAUACCAUUACCCACAGUGACUCCCACAGAUACCAUUACCCACAGUGACUCCCACAGAUACCAUUACCCACAGUGACUCCCACAGAUACCAUUACCCACAGUGACUCCCACAGAUACCAUUACCCACAGUGACUCCCAGAUGCAUUAUGCAGAUUAAAUUGGAUUUAUAAUAGGUCUGAAUGUUGUAGUUUGAGGUCUAAUAUUCAGCAUGUUUUAAAGGGGCGUACUGAGGUGAACGAAUUACAGGGGAGUAAAAUAAUUCAAUUUUCAGUAAAAAACAUGUUCUGGAACUGCAACAUAUACUACCCCAAGAACUUCAACAUCAAUCAUAUACACAAUGCCUCAAUUACAGUAGAGAUCAUCCAAAAUACUCUUUCUCGAUUGAUGUUUGACUAUUUACGGUCUUGUAUGUGUCAUGUACAAAUGUUGAUUUUGGAAACUUGGUGGAUUUAAAUAGAACUGCAAAAAAGAUGAAUGUAUACAAAACUGUAUGUUUAAAAAACAAGUGUCUUUUCAUUCUAUGGUGGCAUGAAUUUUAACUGUACAAUUUCUGCCGUAUGCAUUUCCAAUCAAUAACCAAAUGUCAACUCUGUGUCAUAAUGCCAUGACAACUCAUGACAGUUGAUGUCAACCAACUCAACUCUAUUACAACAGUUAUAACACCAUUAUGCAGCAUGAACAAGUAAACAUUUGGUUACACAUAUUCAGAAUAAAUCAAAUCGAUCUAAUCCCUGUCUUGGUAACGUCAUGAAUGCGUGCAUCAAUCCAGUCUUGUUUUCUCACAAAAAUGAUUAAGUCUGUUGUUGUAUGGACAAACUCCUUUAUGUUUCCAAGUAUCACACAGCAGCCUAUCAGCCGGCAUGCAGCACUAUGUCCGUGGUGAGAAUCUGUCAUGGGCAUAGCAUGUUGUGGCAUUAUGAAAGACCACUUUACCCCAGAGUUACGGCCUACUCAUUCCUCCUCCACAUGGCCAAAGUUCCAUCAAUACUCCCAGCCCACACAAACAGUAGCUUUCCAGUGCUUUAUGGGUUCCAAGUCUGAGUAUACAUGGCCUUUUCUGUGUGUGUGUGUGUGUGUGUGUGUGUGUGUGUGUGUGUGUGUGUGUGUGUGUGUGUGUGUGUGUGUGUGUGUGUGUGUGUGUGUGUGUGUGUCAAUUUGCCUUCAAGGUCCAUUCUUGCAUGUCUCCAACAAACAUGCCUGCAGGCAUCAAACUAUGUCAUAAUAUCUCAGCCACCAUCAUGACGACGCAUGUAUCCUCUUCUUCCUCGUCAUCAAUAAAAGCUAAAUUCAUUACCA